AUGAGGAAAAUAAUGAAAAUACCCUUUGAAGGAAUUAUAGGUAUAGUACUUAUUCCUUUUUUUGGGUUUGAAAUAAGAGAAAUGAUUAUUCUGUUAAGCAUAAUGUGUACUAUUUAGAUGGCUGUACUCUUCUCUUUUAAAUUAAAUGAAUAAAGGUAUUUACAAAUGAAUUUGAGUUAUACUAUGGGUUUAGCAAUAUUUUUUGUGGAGUGUGCAGUGAAACUUUAAAAUUUCAGCGUUUUUAUUCUCCAUUUUAUAUGUAUUGAAAUAGGACAAGAAAGAGUAAAAAAAGAAUUGUAGUAAAAACUCACUAUUUUAAUUAAUUUAUAUGCUUUAAUAAGAUUUUGCAGUUGGAAUUCACAUGAUUUAUAUGUCUUUAUUGGAGGUAUUUCAUUACUGUUAAUUCUUCUUUAUAUUAUAUGGAUUAAUCACUAAAAAUAAGAUAUAGAACCUUAGACAUCAUAUUUAAAAGCUUAUGAGAAAUCAAUUUUAAAUAUUGUACAAACUCCAGAAUAUAAAAAAUAAUAAUUCCAUUCAUCAACAACAAGUUUAUAAUAAGAAUUGUAAGAAUGUUCACAUUUCUUUAAUUUAAUACCUGAUCCUUUGGUUUUGCUUAUGGCAUAAGAUUUAGCCAUUUAUUUUUGUAAUUCAGCAACUUUAGAAUUAUUUAAGAUAAGUGAAACAUCUAAUUUUAAAACUUGUUUAGAAUAAUUAUCUGAAGUUGUUUCUACAUAGGCUAAACCAGAUAUUAGAGAUCCAAGAGAUUCAUUUCCAUCUUUUUAAAGUUUUUAAUAAACUUUCCAGUAAUGCAAAAUAUCCAAUAACCGUUAAUCUAAAGAAGAAAUAGAAUUAAAUGUAAUUGAAUUCAUUUAUAUUAGUAAAUAUUGAAUGAUUUAAGAAACAUUAAAUAAAAUAAAAGAUUUUUUUAGGUUUUAAAGAAUAGUCCUAAUAAUACUUUAUUUAUUGGAAGUUAUUUGGGUAAUUGGUAUGAAAAUAAUGGAUGUGCAGAUUUGGAGUAACCAAAAAAACGUUUAUUAGAAAUUAAUGCACAUGCUACUUUAGUUGAUGAUAAAUUAAUGAUUUUAUUAUAAAUAAGAGAUGUUACUCAUAGAGAUUAUAUAAAAUCAAUGUAAAAAUAAUACUAAGUUAAAUCAAGUAUUAUUUCAUUUGUUAGUCAUGAAUAUAGAACUCCACUUAAUUCAAUAAUUUAGUUUAUUUCAGCUUUAUAAGAUGAAAGAAAUCCAAAUAUUUAAAGUAAGUACAUCAAAAUUUCAUUAUUAAAUUGUAAAUAUUUACUUAACUUAUCAAAUGAUUUAUUAGAUUUUGCAUAAUUAAAAGUAGGUAAAUUUUCAAUCAAUCCUAUAUAAAUGGAUCUAAAAAAAUUGAUUGAAGAAUGUAUGGAAUUAUUUAAUUUGGAAGCUAAUUUAAAAAAAAUUAAUCUAUCUUUAAAUUAUCGAAAAAGUAUUCCAAGAUUGGUGAAUAAUGAUCCUAAUAGAAUUAGAUAAAUAAUAAUUAAUCUUCUUGGAAAUGCUUUUAAAUAUACUUUAUAAGGAUAUAUAGAAAUUAAUGUUUCAAAUUAUCAUACUAGUUCUUUAAAAAUAGAAAUUCAUGAUACAGGAUUAGGUAUAAAGGAAGAACAUAAAGAAAGACUCAUAUAGUCUUUUGCAAAAGUAGAAGAUUAAGAAAGUAAAAAGUUGAAUCCUUAAGGUGUAGGAUUAGGAUUAAUUAUUAGUAAUAUGAUUGCUAGAAAUUUAAAUUUUAAUGAAAAAGGAUUAUAAUUUUAAUCAGAAUAUUAAAAUGGAUCAUCUUUUUGGUUUUAUAUAUCUAAAAAUAUUUCAGAAUCAGAAAUUUAGGAAGAAUCAGAAGAUAUUGAUGAAGAAAGUCCAGAAAGAAGAUAAUCCUUAUGGAGAUACAAUAAUAUUAAAUCAUAACAUAUAAAUAAAUGUCAAUGUGCUAAUAUAUUGAUUGUUGAUGACAAUGCAUUUAAUAUAGAAGUUCUUAAAUUCUUAAUUUUAAAAAUAAAUUCAUCUCUUAAAUUAGAAUAUUCUUUAGAUGGUCAUACUGCUAUUUAAAUGGUAAAAUCUAAUAGAUGUAAUAAUUGUAAUGGUUAUGAUUCAAUAUUUAUGGACAUAGAUAUGCCUACAAUGAAUGGCAUCUAAGCUACCUCUAUUAUAAAAAAAUAAUAUCCAAAUAUUCAAAUUAUAGGAUGUUCAGCUUAUGCCAAAUAAGAAGAAGAAAAUUUAGCAAUUUAAAAUGGAAUGGAUGGAUAUUUAGUUAAACCAGUAUAAAUUGAAUAGCUUAAAAAUUACUUAAAACUAGAACUUUGA